UUAGAAAGUGUUUUUAGUAGUGGAAGCUUCAGCGGCCGACUGAGACAGAACUGCCAGCGAGAAUCAGGAUGGAUACCGGAUAAAAGGACUCCAAGACUACUCGUUUUUUCGCAGAAUCGGCACCAUUGGACUUAAAACCUUCGAUACAAAGGAAGAAACUGGAUUAUCUUUUAUUUUUUCCUGUUCGUCAAUUUUUGGAAUUUUUGGUAAACUGGAAGAAUUAAAAGUUGCUCGAAAGAUCUGAUGUGCUGAAAAAGAAAACUACAAAAAAAAAAAAGAGAAAAAAAGAGAAAAAGAAAAAUAAUUAACCUUCCCCGAGAAAGAAACAAGCUGAAGCCAGGCACAGGAUUAUACAUACAUACAUACAUUAUAUAUAUAUAUAUAUAUAUAUAUACACACAUAUAUCUUAGAGAAAGAGAAUUAACAAAAAACAGGAGAUACCCGAAGAAUUUUGUUUCUCUAUUUCUCUAGCAUCGUCCUCAUAUUGUGAUAUUGUGUAUGUCUAUAUCUAUAUAUAUAUAUACAUAUAUACACGCACGCACACACAUACAUUCAUACAUACACACAUGCAUACUCACACACACGCACUUAAGUAUUGAUGCUGUGAUGCUGCUACUAUGACUAACAGUUAACUUUUAAACGGCAAUCGUCAUUCACAUGUAUACAUAUACACAGUCACACGUGAUACUCGCUCAUAAACUUAUCUCUAUGUGUUUAUACAGAGAUCUAGCUUGAUAUAUACAUAUAUAUAUAUAUAUAUGUAUGUAUAUAUGGUGAAUAUGUCGCCAAGAAUGUGUGCAAGAAAGUUGGUGGCGCACUUGGUCGGAUGCUACAGCCGCUGAUAAAGGAACGGCUUCGUCGGGGGGUGAAAACGAAGCACCGACCCUGAUAGAGUUGUUUCGGGGGGAGGGGAAGUUUCAGUUAGAAUUUUGGUGACUUCGCAGAAAUUAUAUCACGAUGUGUGUGUAGAAAGUUGUGAUGAUGAUGAUGAUGAAGUGUUAGGAGAAUUUUCGUUCCACGAUCUCGUCGAAGACGAGUGGAAGAGUGAAUGAAAGAGUAGGAAUAAAGGGGGGGAAAUAUAUCGCUGAAAGAAAAGAGUAAGAAAACAUAUUUCUUUAUUACCCACAAGGGGCUAAACAUAGAGGGGACACGAACAACAUUUAACAAUUGUAAUACAUUUCACUGGGAACGAAACGAAAGAUAUAAGGGGGAAAAGGGUUUUCUUUUUGUCCCCUUCGUCAGGAUCGGAAGUAAGUUGCAAUAAAUAAUUGGUUAGUGAAAGAGUUACUCAGCUUGCUUGUGUCUGCACAGAUAGUUUUGUAUUACAAUUUCUUGUAGAGUUCGUUGUUUGUCGCCUGCUUCAGUACCAUGUAUUCUUCGAAUGUAUCUCGGUCAACAGGGAGGUUGGACUCCAUGACCAACUCCCUCCCUAAUUCUCGCAGUGGUCACCACUAUUCUUCGUUAUCGUCUCCAUCCAAGUCUUCUAAUGGCUCAAUGAUUGAGCAUCGCAAACACAGCGGAGGGACCAGCGGUACCUCAUCUGUCUCGUCCAAAUUAUUGUCUCCGCGCCGAAGUAGGUCCAGCGGAACGGAUAGUAGUAGCCAAGGUAGCCGUUCCAGCAGCCCCCUUGACAUGUCCACAGACAGCAUUCAGUCUGUAAAUUCAGCCUACAACCUGAGCCAAUCUUAUGUCCUAGAUGGACACACAAGUCCGAUUCCUUCCCUCUAUGACAGCCGUUCCAGUAGCAUGACCAGUGUAAGAAGCUAUAUGCGAGAUCGGUCUUUAGAAAGAAAUAGCGACAAUGAUAGAAUGUCCUCUUCAGGUAUUUAUUCAGAUGGUCGAUCACAAUCAUCCGAAACCAGUAGGUAUCCAACGUUGGGCACUGGCGGUCGAGAUCACCGCGAUUUGGCCCCCACCAGCUCUGGUAGUGUCCGAGAACGCCGCCCUAGUUACCAACUCUCCUCUUCGUCAUCUCGUGAUCGUUCUUUAGACAGAGAGUAUCCUCAUAUGGGAGCUAGAUCCUUGGAAAGGGACUAUGCUUUCCAUCACAACCGCAAUCGAAGUUUUGAUUUGGCCGAGGUACUUUCUUCCAGUUUCACUUCGCAGUCCGUCAUGGAUGUCCGACUCAAGGACCAGAUUAUUUUGGAUUUGCAAAACCAGAUAGCCGAAUUAAACAGAGACUGUUUACAGUAUCAAAGGGAUGCAGAAAAUUCAAAUGAAAAAUUAAACUCUUGCAUGAACAGUAUUAAAACUUUUUGGAGUCCCGAAUUGAAAAAGGAAAGGGCUCAGCGAAAGGAAGAGGUUUCUAAAUACCUUAACUUAAACGAGCAACUGAAAAUUACCCAGGCUGAAUUUAAGAGACAGAGUUCAUUGGGGAAGGAGCUGCAGUUACAGCUGGACCAGACACGGCAGUCGGUGAGCAACCGGACGGUUAGUGAAGAGGAGAUGGACAACAUGAAACAUGAACAGGACAAACAAAGCAAAGAACUCGUUAUUUUACGGAAGACUGUGGAGGAGAUGGAGAUCCGAAUUGCCACCCAGAAACAGACGUUGUCUGCGAGGGAUGAGAGUAUAAAGAAAUUGUUAGAAAUGUUACAGAGUAAAGGACUUAUGGUGAAACAAAUUGAUGCUGACCGCGUAGAGAUGGAAACUUUACGUAACACCGCCUUAGAAGAGGAGACGAAGAGGAGACAGUUGGAAUUAGUUUUAGAGGAAAAAGCCAAAGAACUUUCAAAGAAAAUAGAUGAAAAUGGGAUCCUUUCUAAUCAACUCAAGAAUGCACAAUUCCAAAUGCAGUCGUUGCCUGCAAAUGCACAUACAAUGCAAGCUAUGCUCGAAGCCAAAGAUUCUCGUAUUUCUGCCUUGGAAAAGGAUAUUCAACUUCUUGAAGACAAACUGUUGACCUUACAAGAAGACAUUUCAAUUGGAGACAAAUCAAUGAAACAUAGCAAUUUGUUGGGCAGCAAGGAAAUGAAAAAUAAUCCAGACAUUCGUACUUUAAAAACACAGGUUGAUCGCUUGCAUGAAACCCUAGGCUGCAAGGAAACUGAGCUCUGUGGACUGCGCUUACAGCUGGACACUUCAGAGAAGCAGUAUUCAGAGCAACAAGAUUACACAUUGGUACUCAAGGAGCAGAUUAUGGCCAGAGAUCAUCAGAUCAGUCACAUCACGUCAGAGAUCGAUGAGCUUCGAAGUCGAAUUAAAGAUAAAGAUUUAGCGAUUGAUAAAAAAAGUAAACAGGUCCAUUCUGCUCAGAGAGAGAGGAAGAAAUCUGAGGCCGACGCUAUAGAUUUAAGAGACAGUCUUGAUAUUAAGGAACGGAAAGUCAACGUCUUGCAGAGGAAAAUACAAACCCUUGAGGAUGAACUUCAAGCCAAGGAACUUCAGUUGAAAACUAGUCAAGCCCGUUUGGCAUCUGCUGCUUCUGAUUCUGAGGACAAAGCCUUAAGCUCUCUAGAAGAUUCACUGGCUGAGAAAGAUCGGCUCAUUAACAGGUUACGAGAGCAGCGAGAUCACGUAGAGAAAGAAUUUGCAGAUGAAAUCAAUCUUCUCAGGGAACAAAACGAGGAUUAUAAGAAGCAGACUGAUCACCUGAACACUGAAAUUAACGAUAAACAGACUCAGAUGUGUGAGUUGAGAGAAGAAGCUUCUGAACUUCGUUCACAGAAAAUCAUGUCUGAGUCUAUGGUUAAUCAGCUGAAGAUGGAGAUGUCUGAUGCUUCCAAAGACAGAGAGAUUGAAAAACUUACCAAAGAACUUGAAAAGGUGAAAGAAGAACUCAGCCAUCGCCACAGUGCUUCCAGCUCUCUAAAUAGUAAAGACCUUAAUGGUGUUGAUAGUUACCAUGAAACAACCGCAGAAGCAGAGUCAAAACUGAAAGAGAUGGAAAUAGCAUUAGAGGAAGCUAAUGAGGAAAAGGCCCAGAGGGACGUCCAAAUGAAAGAACUACAAGACCAAAUCAAAGAAUAUAAACAGAAGAUGGGAACAUUGAAACGGAAUCAGCAAACAGAGAAGAAGAAGAAUGCACAGAUGCUGGAAGAGGCUAGAAAACGAGAAGUACUAAUGGAUGGAGAUGCAUCCCAACUGAAGAAUGCCAUAAAACACAUGGAUGAUCGUGUGGAAGAACUGGAGGAAGCUCUGCGAGAGAGUGUCACAAUAACAGCCGAACGAGAAAUGGUGAUGGCAGAGCAAGAAAACAAGAUCCAACAGACAGAGGCAAAAGUCUAUGAACUGACUGCUGAAUUAGAGAAGAUGAAAUCCAUUCAGAGCGACCACAUUGCCAAGGUCGGAGCUCUGACGCGUCAGCUGGAGGAGAAGGAUGCCAAAUUACGCCGCCUUGUUUCUGAAAGACACAAACAGUUAGAAGAAGUCUACGAAAUGAAACAAGAAGCCAUCCAAGCCACAAUCAGUGAGAAAGACGCGAACAUUGCCUUACUUGAAAUGACCAGUACCAAAAAGCAACGGCAUGUCGAAGACAUCACAAGACUUGAAAAAGAGAAGGAAAAACUAGCUCAACAACUUAAGGAAUUGACUGAAACUCGUAUGCGUCUCCUGCAGAAGAAGAAAGAACCUUCAACCACUGGAAGCCAGAAGUCUCUUGUACACCGUAUGAAAGGUGCCACAGAUGAACAGGUGAUAAGAGCAGUUCGGAAAAUAGAACACAGCAAGAAACGCCUCCGUACAUUGAUUGAUCAGUUAUUGGCUGCUGUUCUGGAUACAGAUCCACAGUUGCUUGAGGGAUUACCACGGAUACAGCAAGGACCGAGUGUGAGUGUCGCCACCCUGAGGACGCUAAGCAGUGAAGAGGUUCGACUGGAACUGCAUAAAAGUGACCGAGACUGCCAGAAAUUACAAGAUUAUGCCAAUAUCUUACUACAGAGGGUCGGAGCUUCCUACCCAGAAUUAUUAGACAAUUUUGUUUCCAUGAUGGAAUCAUCUGAUACGGAGAGUUGUCAAAGCACGUGACACAUGCAGGCACACACACAUGCACACACACACACACACACACACACACACACAUGCACACACACACACACACACACACAUACAGUCAAUGUUAUGUAUAUUGUCAAUGUUAUGUACACCGUCAGUGUUAUUUAUAUACACAGUCAAUUCUUAAUUGAAAUAUUUUUAUUCCAAUUGUCAAUAUUGGUAGGGAAUUGGCAGUCGGUAAGAUCACCAGAUGAAAUUCUUUGUAGAAUGUGUUCUAGUUGAGUUGUGAAUUCAAAUACAGUCAAAGCCAACUUUGUCUUUCAUUUUUCAGGAUCGGUAAAUCGGUCUCGGUUCAUGGACUGAGAGAAAUCUUUGAGCAUCCGACGGAAUGUCUUGUCAUUUUGGUUCCAGUUCUUUGUGUUCUGAAAUUUAAUCUCACCAAGGCCAUAGCUUUCUUAAUUGGCAGACUUAAUCCAUGAUCUGGUUUAAUACCAUCACCUGGUUCUUGGGUGCCUUUAGUAGAAUUCACUGCAUCGGGCCAGGGCCUCUAGUUUGAAGAUUAGUUGUCCUCUUGUCUCCAGCCAAUGUUUGCAGCAUUUUAAUGGGCCACAAAAAACUGCCCUUCUUCCUAAAUAAGCAAUAAAAAAGAAUUUAAACUUUUACACCCAAAUGUUAUCAUCAUUAUCAUAUAAUAUCCAUUUCUCAUGCUGGCAUGGAUUGGACAGUUUGACAGGAUUUUGUGAGCAACAGGGCCGCAUUGUGUUCCCGGUUUCAUUGGAUGGGGGGUCUUCUUAAUGCCAACCACUUUACAGUGUGUACUGAGUGCUUUUUGUGAGGAUGCCAAAUAGCUUGAAAGACAGGAAAGAACAAGAAAAGGGAAAGAGACCCUUCAACUAAGUAGGGAGAGUAUUUGAAGGAUGGGGAGAGGGGCUUUAUACCAGGGACAAGCAGAGGUGUUUUAUAUAGAGAAGAUCCAUGGCUACCCCACAUUCUAUAAAGGUAGGUAGAAAUAGGUGGGAAAAAGAUAAGAUGGUGCUGAUGAGAUGCAGAGCAAACCCUGAACAGCAAGAGAUGAUAUGGUCAGCAGAUCAGGAGGGGGAAGGCAGAUAGAUAGAUAGGUAGAUAGAUAGAUAGAUAGAUAGAUAGAGUAAAGGGAUAAUUAUAAUCCUGGCUAUCACCUCAUUAGCAAAAUAUGCAGGAUUAUGGUUAGCAUAAUAUUCUAAAAUCAAAGAAGAUC